AUUUUUCGCAUGAGGCGUUUCUGAGCGCGCAUAUAAGGAGAGCCUAGUGAGCAGCUGUUGGUCACAAGGCUGUUUGGACUCUCAAAACUCACUGAGCUUCCGACUUUUAGACCGUUCUUUUGUAAAAACAAGGCCGAAGUUUGAUUCACCGAGCAGCGGAAAUCAUUUCCUCAGGGCUUGGAUUUUCAAAUGUGUUAGUUUUACACAGCUGACACAUGCCGGUGUUUGUGGAAGAGCCAGCUCACUUCUCCAAAGAGAGGCUGAAGUCGGCGCUCAUAGCGCAUAAUGUGGAUCUACCUCCCCCCGAGAGCAAGAAACACGCUUAUGUGGAGCUUUAUCUGAAACAUGUGAGGACAAACAGCACAGAUUUCUCUAGUGAUGAAGAGGAGGAUCAUCAUCUUAAUGCCAGCGCUGAGAAAGAAGAGGCAGCAGACAUGGUAGACCUGGGAUCACUGACUGAUGAUCAGCUGAAAGCCAAACUGCUCCAGUAUGGGGUUAAAGCCGGACCCAUUGUAGCUUCCACUAGAGCUUUAUAUGAAAAGAAGCUGAGAAGGCUGCUGGAUUCUUCAGCACGGACAUCACAGCACAGGGUCAACGGCACAGGGGACGCAGGCCUCUACUCGGAUAGUGAGGAAGAGACUGAGAGGGAGGAAGAUGAGGAUAAGGACUCCGAGUCAGAGCAGCUUCGGUCUAAAACGGUGUCCCGUACAGAGACCAGCAAAACAGCAAGCAAAGUGGGCAUGUUCAGUCAGAGCAGGGAUUUUUACCCCCGCUGCUUUAUGCCCUCAGCUGGAUUCGUAAAUGGAAAGAUUCAGCACAAGUCUUUAGACUCCUCCCAGAAUGGGUCUUUGGGUCAAAGUGGGUCCCAGUACACAACCUUCAGCAUCACUCAGAUGGUGGAAGAGAUUGAGAAGAGAUGUAGUCCUCAGUCAAAGCAAACCGAGAUUGAGAGGAGAUUUGGUCAGAGAACCGAGCAGACGGUGGACAGCAGGGCCCUGCGGGGCUACAUGAGGCUGGAUAAAGACACCAUGACAGGCAGAUCUCUUUGUUUAACAUCUCCAUCAGCCCAUCAGAAACAAACUUUCACAGAACCUGUGAUAGAUUUUCUUUCAGAGAUGUUCCCUGACACUGCCAAAACCCCCACUGGAAUCAAUGCUACAAAGAGACGGCCUAUAAAGGGAGCUGCAGGACGCCCAGUGCAAUUUAAAUACCCUGAAAUGCCACCACUGAGUCCAGCUACACUGGAGAGGCAGGAGAUUCAGCAACGUCUGGUGCCUCUGUGGGUUCAGAUCGUGGUUUUUCUCCUGGUGGCCUGCCUGCUGUACCUCAUCUACUCGUCCAUGGAAGAGCCGCUCUCCAGUCCGUUCACUGCUCUGCAUGAUGCUGCUCUCAUAUCCACCUCACAGGACUCAUCCGCCACUGACGCUACAGCUUAACACUGAUGGUAAAGGAUUCAUCUUAGGCUCUAGUCAACAAGAUGUCCUUCAGAUGUUUAUCUUUUAUAAAAUGGUGUCAGAGGAAUGUAUCUGUGAUUGGACUGAAUGA